CAGUAUCAGUCUUAAGCAAUUUCGAAAGGUAAACAAACCAAUUUAGGAGCGGUUUUAGGAACUAUUUCUAUUAUUCUAUUAAACCCACAACCCGCCAUGAGAGAAACAUGCCGAGCCUGCAGGCGGAGGUCCGGAAACCUGUCCAACAUUUUCGAAAGCCGGAAAGAUCGGGGGAUCUCCAUAGCCCAUAUCAUAUCUGAAGUUACCGGACUUGAACUCGAGAAAGGGGACGCCCUCCCGGGAUUCAUUUGCCCGCCUUGCCUGGCGGACGCCCAGAAUGCCUUCGACAUCAUAAAAACCUACGAGCGCAGCUACGGCAUCUUCUGUGAGGCAAGGGAUGCGGUCCUGGAGGACGAUCCCGCGGAAGAGGAUGUCUGCCUGAUAGCCGACAGCGACAGUGAGAUAUUGCUUUGUGAUGAGGAAGCGCUCGAGGUGAAUGGCCAAGUCAAGAGGGCGAAGGCGGCCGUUGAAGAUUCCCCACUCCAGAUUGGAGUCAAUGUGGCACCAGAAGGAAACAUAAAAGCAAAUGGUACCAAAGAACCAUAUUGCACGGUUGAACUAGUAAAGGAAGACGGCAAAGAAGUAACUAAUCAAGCUGGCAGCAAAAUAAAAAAUGGUUAUUUUACUAGAAACGGCAUCGCUCACGAGCGAAAAAACAAGUGUCCUUACUGCGGAAAGUUCGUGUCGUCCGUUUCGAAUCUGGAGGCGCACAUCCGCGUCCACACAGGAGAACGGCCGUUCAAGUGCAGUCGUUGCCCCAAGGCAUUCAAGGAUACCCACAGCUUGAGAAAGCAUGCCAUGACCCACACAGCCGACAGACCGUUCAAGUGUUCCCUGUGCCCAAAGUCCUUUCGGGAUAGGACUCACCUCAAUCGGCACCACACGAUGCACACGGGCGAACGACCGCAUGCAUGUAAUCUCUGCAGUAAAAGCUUCCUGGAACGGUUCAGUCUGAAGAGACAUGCGAGGACGCACACGGGGGAACGACCCCACAAGUGUCCCAUCUGCCAGACCACCUUUGCGGAGCUCUCAAAUCUUAAGCAACACAGCCGGAUCCACACGGGGGAACGGCCUUUCACAUGCGAUCACUGCGAUAGGGCUUUUACGAAUAAAUCGGACUGCAGGAAACAUGCGUGGACUCACUCGAAAAAGAAGCCCUUUCAGUGUUCCGACUGCCCGAGGUCGUUCAGUCAACUGAACCGUCUCCGCACCCACACAGCAGGUGUUCAUACGAAGAAAUCGGAUGAUGCGAUUGAGUCAUAGUAUUUAGCAUUGAAAUAUCUUCCUGUUCCGUUUUAAAUUUUAAUUUCUUUACCCAUAUUCUCUAUAGGACUUGUUUGUAGGUUUAUAAAAUUAAACUAUUUUAUGUUGGUUAGGCACUCUUUAAAUAUAUUCUGUCGAAGUACCUUAUCUAUUAAAAAUAAGACGCAACAAAGAAGUUGAAU